AUGCAACGUCGACCACCAUCAGGCCCUCACUCGCGCCUGGACACGCCAGGUUUUGCCGGCCAUAAUGUGGCCUGGAGCCCAUUCUACCCGGAUAGACUGGCUGUUGCAGCCGCCGCGAAUUACGGUCUGGUGGGCAAUGGCAGGCUUCAUUUGGUAGGCGUGCAAGACGCACCUGGGGGCGCCCUGCCGCAGCUGGGAGUGCAAAAAGUCUUCGAUACGCAAGACGGUCUCUACGAUGUUGCUUGGUCAGAGAUCAACGAGAAUCAACUAGCGACUGCGUCAGGGGAUGGCAGCAUCAAGCUGUGGGAUGCUACGCUCAACGACUACCCGAUACGCAAUUGGCACGAGCAUACAAGAGAGGUCUUUUCGGUCGACUGGAACAACAUCAAAAAGGACAUCUUUCUCUCUAGUAGCUGGGAUGCUAGUGUCAAAGUGUGGCACCCAGACCAGCCACGCAGCCUCACGACCAUGACUGCGCAUACAGCCUGCGUCUAUGCGGCAAUUUGGUCCCCACAUUCACCCGAUGUGCUCGCAACAGCUUGCGGAGACGGUCAUGCUCGCCUCUUUGACCUGAGAGCCAACCCUGCCCCUACGGCAGGAAACCCAGGUGCCGUAGCAGGGGCACAGCCAAUAGCUACAGUUCCCGUCGGUGGAGAAGUCCUGACGCUGGACUGGAACAAGUACCGUACCUUCAACCUCGCGACUGGGAGCACAGACAAGGCUGUCAAGGUCUGGGAUCUGCGCAGCGUUUCGUCAUCCGCAGGGUCGAUGGCACGGCCCCCUCCAGGCGCACCAGCUGGGGCAGGCGGUGGUCUAGGCCAAGUGACCGCAAUCUGCACAGGCCACGAGUACGCGGUCCGCAAAGUCGCUUUCUCGCCUCACUCGCCCUCGCUUCUCGCAUCUGCCUCGUACGACAUGACGGCGCGCGUGUGGGAUGUGGACCACCCAUCAGCAUCGCUCGCCUCGGUGGCUAGUAGAUUGGGUCAGGCGGGCGGUGGGCCGGGAGCGAUGAGAAGUCUACAUGAUGGGCAUACCGAGUUCGUCGUGGGACUGGGUUGGAGCUUGUUCCAGGAGGGACUCGUCGCAAGCACGGCUUGGGACAUGAGUGUACAUCUUUGGAGGGCGUGA